AGUGCUUCUCUGCUGGCAUCGACCAACUGGAGCACUCGAAAAAGUUUUUUUUCAGAGAGCUGGAGGGCAGCGAGACCACAUCUGGUUAACACCGUAGUGGCCCAAGCAAAUGUGGGAACACACAUUUGCCAACAGUGUUGGAGCAAAACGUCUGUUGUCCGGUGCCGGGAUUGCCGACCACAUCCCUUCUUCUGUGCUGACUGUGAUGUCAGCAUGCACACCAGACACCCCCUCCACAACAGAGAUGCUACUACUGCAGGUUACUUCCAGCCAUUGGCCCCAACAACACAUGUACUAAAUAUGGCCCUUUGCUCCUGUGUGCGGUUUGUACCUGUGGAGAUCCCGGACAAAAUCUGUGGUUGUGCAUCAGAGUCAUUCAGCCUCAAGCCAGGAAAGACUGUGACUGUGAUCACAAUGAAUGGACGACAUGAGCUAAGCAUGCCAGAGUUGGCUUGUGAAGCAUGCGCUGCGACAUGGACGACUGGGGUUGACGACCUUCUUCGGAGUGACUACUGGCCAGCUACCCUUCACUUCGCCACCAUUUAUGCCACAGAUGUUUUCUUCUCAUUUGAAGAAAUGAAAAUGGCUGCACCUGGACUAUCCUUUCAGGCAUAUUUAAGGAUGCUCGAUCAGCGAACGUUGCGCUUCGGCCGUACUGGGAAGAUCUCAACUGACAGCUUCAUCAAAAGUUUCUUUGAGUGGGAGGCUGUGCGUUAUGAGGUCGACAUCAUGUGCAAGGAGGAGCCCUUCACCUGUCCUGCGUGUAGCCCUGAUAUGCUUGCAGUUUCCGUGGAUGGAAACCGCAAGCAUUACCGUUUCAAGAAUGCAGCUAGAUCUGAGGAACAGGCCAUCUUUGACGGUGUCUUUAUAGCCAGGGAUGAAGACGUCUCAAGAUUUGUGGACUAUAUACACACCACAACCAAACAUGUCUCCGGAAGAGGUGUUUGUGGAGGACAGUGGUCGGCAGCCAGAGAGACCUCCCAAAAAUCAGCCGGCAAGCUGGAUGAGGAGGGACUAGAGCUUGCCGUCUGUCGACAUGGAGUGCUCCUCUGUGCUCUCAAUAUGUACAGGGGAGAAAUCUUUGCUUAUCCCCUGUACCUACAGAAAAAGCUGGCCAGUAGUAUGUUCUUUUGCAUGGAUGUGACCUGCAAAUAUUGGCCCUACCUCCAGAGAAUCACAAAAAGCUGUCCAGAGCUCCAGCAUCUUCUCGACAUGAAGCCCUUUCUCUCAGUGUUUCAUGCCAAAGCGCAUGACUUCAAAUGUGAAGUGAAAUGGAGUGGGGCAUAUCAAGAGGGGGCUGGACUAACCCUAGGGGAGGAGGUGGAACAGGUCAAUGCCUUCCUCUCUCGGAUAGCAGUGACCACAAAACACAUGUCAAAAGCAGGACGUACAGACAUGCUGACGCUGAUGGCCAUGCGCUGGAAUCAGCAAAAAGUCAGCAACUUGGCCACCUCACUGUCCCGCAGAUAUCUGAAGACCACAAAAGCUCUGGAAAAGCAAUUGCAGAACCUGGAGUCCAUGAAGGCUGAGUUGGCAGUGACUGAAAAGCAGCUGGAAGACUGGGUCAGAGAUGUGAAUGAGUGGGCAGAAACAACAACAAACAACCCAAGGGAUGCUGCUGCCUUGGCCAGCAAGAUUGAAAUGCUGACAGUAAGUGUCAAGAGACGUUCGCAGCGUCUCUACAAAGACACAGACAGCAACAAAGGUCGUUCCCGGAUCCGCCGCAAGAUCAGGGAUGAGAAAGGGGUCCUGACAGCCACAGCUGAGAAAUACAACUCAAUGGUUCCAAGCACAGAAGCGCUGUGCCUCGAAGCCAUUCUGUCUGUGGAGAAAGCUUGGCCAUGGCAGCUACCAAACAGUGACUCUUUCGACCUCAGGACAAAGAGAAGAGCAUUCGACCUUGUCAUGGCAGUGAAGAGACUACAGGAGGAGAAGAAGAUUCUCGUCACAGAAAUGAACCAACACUGGAAGGUCCUUUCAACCCGCAGUGAUUCCCUGAAAGAGAUGUCCUGCCUGCAAAAUUCACCAUUGGGCCUGAGCGAAGACGGGAUGAAAGGUCUCCAGAGCAUGUUUAGGAAAAAGCAGCACGACAUCGGAGAAAUGAAGACUCAUGCUAGACGAUGCUAUCUGCAGCUUUUGACUGGAGCAGAGACCAUCAGCUUCUUGCAAAGUCUUUCAGAUGAGUCUUCUGACUGCGACUCUGACAGCUCUGAUGACACACGGUGAAGCCCCCUCCAGACUACCUUCUAUUUAACAUCUACAUGCUCCCCCCUGUGAAAUACUCCGCCAACAUGGUCUCAACUUCCACUCCUAUGCCGACGACACCCAACUCUACAUCAGCACCAAUCCAUCAUCCCAGCUGUCACUAGUCAACUGCCUCCGCAACAUCCAAACCUGGAUGUCAACAAACCUACUGAAACUCAACAAAAACAAAACAGAGCUCAUGGUUGUGGCCCCAAAAACACUGCUCCGGGAGGUUGGAGAUCUGCUCCUCACCGUCGAUGGCUGCUCCAUCCAGCCUGGGCGUCACUCUGGACUCUAGCCUCACCUUCAACUCCCACAUCAGGUCUACUGUCAAAACUGCUUUUUUUCACCUUCGAAACAUCUCCAGACUCCGGCCCUCUCUCCCCGACCCUGUUGCAGAAACAUUAAUACAUACCUUCAUCUCCUCAUGCCUGGACUACUGCAAUGGAGUUCUGUUCGGGGUCACCUGCAAAGCCCUGGACAGGCUCCAGUACAUCCAGAACUCUGCAGCCAGGCUCCUCACCCGCACUAAGCCCUGGCAACACAUCACCCCCAUCCUCCUCCACCUUCACUGGCUCCCGGUCAAGUCACGCAUCCAGUACAAACUCCUCCUGCUAACCUACACAUCUCUCCACUCCCUAGCCCCUGCAUACGUCUCUGACCUCUUUCAGCCCUACACCCCCUCUCGUCAGCUGCGGUCCUCCGACAAAAAAAAAUGACACAUUUCUUAAUGUCUUAAUAUGUAUGUCCAGUAAGUUAUUCUUCCGGUUGUUGAUAUGCUGUUGAAGACAUUUUCUAUCAUUUCAUUUUAUUCAGAUGUUAUUACAUGUCUACUCUGAAACACUAUGUAAACAAGGUCCCAUAACAAUAAAGUUGAUAAAAAUUG